AAACCAAAAAAGCAAAGUCAAGAUUUAAUAAGUCGGUAGUAGUAAGGAUAAAAGAAGACAUUGGAAUCGUUUUUUCCUCAUACAAAGUUGAGAGAGCAUUGCCAAAGCACAAUAACAAAUACUACAAAAUAAGAAAAUUUUCUAUUAGAACUCUAUCAGGAGCGUUGUUUCAAGAGGUUUUAGAGCUUUACUUCACAACAGCCAAUUGCUGCAAUUCUCCAUAUCCGAUAAUUUCAAUGGCUUCCAUGAGCACUGAAAGAGCCUUGUCACCAUCAUCAUCAUCUUCUUCUUUUACACCUCGAUGGAAAUACGAUGUGUUCCUAAGUUUUAGAGGCAAGGAUACCCGAAAUAAUUUUACAGACCAUCUAUAUUUUGCUUUGAAACAGAAGGGCAUUUUCACUUUUAGAGAUGAUGAAAAACUAGAGAGAGGAAAAUCAAUUUCACCAGAGCUUUCAAAAGCAAUAGAAGAAUCAAGGUUUGCUAUUGUCAUAUUCUCAAGAAACUAUGCAUUUUCUACAUGGUGCCUAGAUGAACUUGCAAAGGUCAUUGGAUGUGUGAAAGAGACGGGAAUGAUAGUUCUACCAAUUUUUUAUAAUGUGGAUCCAUCUGAUAUACGGAAACAAAUUGGAACUUUUGCACAAGCUUUUGCUGAACACGAAGAACGUUUUGAGGAGAACAUAAAGAAGGUGCAGAAAUGGAGAGAUGCUUUGAGAGAGGCGGGCAAUCUCUCUGGGUGGCACUUACAAGAUAGGUCUGAGGCAGAAUGUAUCCAAGACAUUGUGGAAGUGAUAUUAAAUAAAUUGGAUAAUACCUUCUCAGCACAUACCUUCUCAGAACUAAUAGGAAUGGAAUCCCGAGUUGAGAAAUUGAAGUCACGCUUAGCUAUGGAGUCAAGUGAUGUUCGCAUUAUAGGAAUUUGGGGGACUGGAGGAAUGGGUAAGACAACUCUUGCAAGAGUUGUUUAUAGAAUGGUUUCCAAUAAAUUUGAAGCUUGUUGUUUCCUUGAUAAUGUUAGGGAAGAAUCUAAAAAAUGUGGUUUAUGCAAGUUACAAAAAAGACUUUUGAAAAAACUUUUGAUGCUAAAAAAAUUGAAUGUACAAGAUGUUGAUGAUGGAGUUCAAAUGAUCAAGAAAAGGUUACAUAACAAAAAGAUUCUUCUUGUUCUUGAUGAUGUAAAUGAAUUAGACCAAUUGAAGAAGUUAGCUGGGGAGCAUUGUUGGUUUGGUUCAGGUAGUAGAAUUAUGAUAACAACAAGAGAUAGGCAUUUGUUGGUGAAUCAUGAAGUAAAUGAAAUAUAUGAGGCUGAAGUAUUGAAUCAUGAUGAAGCUCUUAAACUUUUUAGUUUGAAAGCUUUUAAAAAGGACCAUCCAGCUGAAGAUUAUGAAAAGCUAUCUCAAGUUUUGGUAGAUUAUUCUAAGGGGCUUCCUUUGGCCCUUGAAGUUUUGGGUUCUUUCUUGUGCAAAAAAAACAUUGAUGAAUGGGAAAGUGAAUUGAAUAGGCUCACCGAAUUUUGUGAUAGAGGAAUUCUCAAUGUGCUUCAAAUAAGUUUUGAUGGAUUACGACCAACAGAGAAGGAUAUUUUCUUAAAUAUUGUCUGCUUUUUUAAUCACAAGAAUCGAGAUGACGUCAUAAAAAUACUAGACUAUCUUGGGCUUCAUGCUAUAAUUGGAUUGAGGGUUCUUAUUGAUAAGUCUCUCAUUAAAUUGGAAUUGCAUGAAAAUCGAUUGUGGAUGCAUGAUUUACUACAAGAAAUGGGUCGAGAUAUAGUUUGUCAAGAGUGCUCUAAAGACCCAGGAAAACGUAGUAGAUUGUGGUCGUUUAAAGAUAUCGAUAAUGUGCUGACAAAAAAUACGGGAACAGAGGCAAUUCAAAGCAUAGUACUAGAGUUGUAUGAGCCAAAAAAGGGAACAGAUGCAAUUCAAGGCAUGGUACUAGAGUUGUAUGAACCAAAAAAAGUAUAUUGGAAUCCUGAAGCCUUUUCAAAGAUGCAAGAUCUAAAAUUGCUUAAAAUUUGUGGUGUUCAACUUAUGCAUGAUCUCAAAUAUCUUCCUAAUAGCUUAAGAUUUCUUGAUUGGAGAGGUUACCCUUCAAAAUCAUUGACAUCAAGUUUCCAAUCAAAGAGUUUUGAGAAUUUGAAAUUCAUUCAGCUAAGAGAAUCUCAAAAACUUAUUGAAGCCCCCGACAUCAUUAAAGUCCCAAAUCUUGAGCGUUUAGUUCUUGAAGAUUGUAUAAGUUUACCUACAAUUCACCCAUCAAUUGGAAUUCAUAAAAAGCUUACUAUUCUUAAUUUAAAAGGAUGCGAGAACCUCACAAGUCUUCCAAGCAAGUUUGAAAUGGAGUGUCUUAGGUACCUUAAUCUUAGUGGUUGCUCAAAAAUAACAAAAAUUCCAGAAUUUGGGAGAAACAUGAAACGUUUAUGCUCACUUGAAUUGGAUGGUACUGCAAUUACCGAACUACCCAUGUCAAUUGAGCAUUUGACUGGCCUUGUUUUUUUGGGUUUAAGAGAUUGCGAAAAUCUUGUGUGUUUACCUAAUACCAUUUUUAAUUUAAAGUUGAUUGCAAUAGUCUCUCUUAACAGAUGCUCAAAACUGGAUAGACUACCAGAGAACCUAGGGAAUGCUGAAAGUCUAGUGUCGUUGAAUUUGAGCGAAACUGCUAUAAGAAAGGUCCCUUCUUCCAUUGGUCUCUUAAAACAUCUUAUUGAGUUGCAUAUCAGUAGAUGUAAGGGGUUAUCAUCUAAUAAAUUGUGGGAUGAGCUCCUCCCAUUUUAUUCAAUGCCAACAAGUCCUCUUCCCAUGGACUUUCUAUUCUCUUCUCUAUCUCUGUCACCUGCGUCUUCUUUGAUCCACUUGUUUUUAAGUGACUGCAAUCUCAAGGCAAUCUCCAAUGAUAUUGGUUCCUUAUUCUCUUUAGAAUUUUUGGAUCUAAGUGGAAAUUAUUUUGUUUGCCUUCCGGAAAGCAUCAUUGGACUUUUAGAAUUGAAAGGGAUAGAGUUGGACAAUUGCACAAGUCUUCGAUCAUUGCCAAAGCUUCCAUUUAAGAUUGAACGCAUUUGGGCAGAAGGUUGUAUCUCACUAGAAAUGUCACCAGAUCCAUUAAAACCAAGCAAUUCAUUGGAACCAUUUCUCUAUCUUCAAAAUUGCUUUCAAUUGGCUGACAGUCAAAACUGCAUAGACUGGUUUAUCUCAGGGAUAAAAAAGUCCCUCAAGCUCUCUCCCUCUUGCCCUCUCUCAUUCCCAGAAGUGUCAUAUGACAUUGUUAUUCCUGGAAGUGAAAUUCCUGAGUGGUUUAGCCACCAAAGCGUAAGGAAUGAAGUGAAAAUAAAACUACCUUCUCAUUUGUAUAAGGAGAUGGGAAUUGCUAUUUGCGUUGUGCUUUGUAACGAUGUUGCUGUUCCCCUUCAUAGCCCUUUGUUGACAGCCAAUAGAAAAGAAAUUUAUAUUCGUGGCUAUAUCAUUUUUUUAACAGAUCACCUUUGGCUAGUCUAUGUUACUCCUCAAUUCUUAGACGAGGAAUCAAAUAAAUUAUUGUGGGGAGGUGACGUGAAUGGAUUCAGUCAGAUUAGAAUUAAAAUUGAAACCGAUGAUUUAAGCUUGAAGGUAAAAAAAUGGGGGUUCCGUAUGAUAUACAAGAAAGACAUAGAAGAUCUUGACCAAACAAUGGUCCAGUAUAGCAACAUCAGCAUCACUCCUUAUGAUGGCAUGGAUGUUCUCCAUCAUAAUUUCAACAAUUCGUUAGUGGUAGUGGAAUGUCACAAAGUCAAGUGCAGUCGUGAUGAUUACAAUGGGGCUGGACCAAGUGGAGAAGGAAGCUCUAAUGACAUACCAAACCCAAAAAGGAUAAAAAGGCACACAGAAGCCCAUGGUAAAUCUGAUUGUGAGGAGUCAAGUGAGUACAAGGACUGUGAUGAGGAGUUAAGCGAUUGGGAUGAAUCUAAUGACAGUAACCUCGAUGCUUAAUCAACUUUUUAAUCAUGACCAGGGCAAAACUGUUCAUGCUCAUUUCAAAGGAUAAAACAAACCAGAAGACUUAUCUCCAUAGGUAACUUAGCUUGGCUACCCUAUCAAAGUGACUCAACUAGAAUUAGAAUCAAAGGAUAAUAGAAGUUAAACCUAAGCGUAGGACAAACUUAGCCAUAAAUUACUAACCUAAUUCUCUGGUGCAUAGUCAAUCAGGCAAGCAACUAUGCAGAAAAUGUUGAAAAAUAGAGAAGGUAUCCUGCUUUGAUUGUUAAGCCCUGCUCUAGAUGUAUUGUUGUUUUGAUGCCUUACAUCCAAAAUUUAAGUUGUCAUAUUUUUUGGCUUGGUUUUGUCUUUUUAGUCUGAUCUAUUGUAUUUUGUAGUGGAAAGAUCCUAUAGUUUUAUUUUGAUGUGUUUUGUCCAGAAUUUAAGUUUAGUCAUGUAUGUGUGUGUCAAUGUUUUUCAAUAAUACAAAAAAUAUUAUUUUGCUAGGUUAUAAAAACCAUACUUUAGGAAUCCCUCAAUUAAGUCAAAAUAAGCUACUACUAUUAAUAGGUAUUUAAACUUAUCUUUACAAUUUGGCUUGAAAACAAGACCUGAUUAGAGAGCUGUACUCUCUAGAAGUGGCUGCUCAAAUUUUAGCUAUCCCUAUCUUAAGCUGUGGAGUUACUGAUAAGCUGCUAUGGCCUCAUACAACACAACUUAGUAUGCACAAGCCUAUGAUGCACAACAUGUUGAUUAGAGUAACUACUGGAGAGUCCCAAGGCGAGUGUGUCCAGGCGUGGAGGGAUGGCAAGUGUUGCUGACAAUUGAGGGGCACUGGAAGAGCAAAUGCAAAUGGGGUUGUUUUGCCUAUGUAGCUAAAUAAUGGGCUGGCAGAUAAUUUUUCAGGCUAUUCCAGUAAUACUGUAUGCAAACGAGUGGAAGCUUACUGUUUGAGAAGCAUAUUUUCCAGGCUUGUUUUGGUUAGUGGAAGAUUGGAGAACCUAUGGAAAAGAAGAAGGUUCCUUGGCAACUUGCUAUGCUGACUGAAGAACACAAGUGCAAGGAAGUUAGAGAACGCCAGUGGUGUACAUUUGCUAUGCACGGGAGUCACUAUUGAGGCUAGAGCCCUGGAUUAUUGGACUUGUUCAUGAGGAGAAACUGUCACAUGGCCAAGAGACAAGAAGGCAAGUGCAGUCCAUUUUAUGCUUCUGAUUUUCGCUAGCCGUAAUAGAUUGCAAGUAAUCAGACUCAAGCAAGCAACUGUGUAGACAAGGUUGAAAAUUGGAGAAGGUAGCCUACUUGGAUUGGACCUGGUUAGGGAGCUAUACUCUCCUGAAGUGGCUGCUCAAAUUUUAUCUACCCCUAUCUUAAGGCAAGGUGUUACCGAUAAGCUGAUAUGGCCUCAUGUAAUGCGUGGUGGAUAUGAGGUCAAAAUAGGCUAACAAUUGCUGCAGGCAUUGGAAGUAAGGAAAAUAAGACAAUUGAUUCUAAUUUAAGGGUCAUAACUCUUAGAUGGAGAAAUCUUGUGGAUCAUGAAGCUUCCUUUGAAGUUUGAAGUUAUUUUAUUUAUUUAUUUUGUGGAAGUUUUGGCAUGAGGACUUAACCGAUUAAAACAGAAUAGUGAAAAUGAAACAUAGUGAGUUAUAGUAGUUGUGUCUUAUGCAGUGAGGAAGGGAAAAACUUGGAUCAUUUAUUCCUGCAGUGCUGUCUUGAUCUGUAUUGUUUGGUUCAGAAUUGACCCUUAGAACUGAGUUCAUUUAUCCUUGCUCUUUGAAGCAGUGAAUGCCGCAAUUGAUGGAGGAUUUUAACCUUUCACAAACUGGAAUAUGCAUGUGAUGUUCUCUAAAAUGAUGUUUGAGGGUACAAAAAUGUCUGCUUCAGAACUGCUAAUGCUUAGUAAAGCUCUGUUUUGCAGGUAUGUAUAAGUCUAUAAUGCACCAGGCAGAUCAGAGUAACUGCAGGAAUGUACCAAGGCAAGUGUGUCUAAUUGUGGAGGAUUGCUAAGUGUUGCUUUGAGGGACACUGGCAGGGAGGGUAUGAAUGGGUUGAUUUUGGCUGUAGCUAUAUCAAGCACUGGCAGGAAAAUUUUUGGUAGGUGGUUGCAGUUCUGCCAUAUGCAACCUUGGCAGGCAGCUAGAUGCCUGGCUGUUCGAAAAGCAUUAACUAAGGCUAUACAACUUGCUUUUUGCAGAUUUGCUCCUUCAAUAAGUAGUAGAGGAGUGGUGGAACUCUGUUUGGGAAAGAUGGCUCCUUGGCUGACCAUGCCCAUUUCACAUGAUGGAACGAACCAAAAGACCAUGAUGGAACGAACCAAAAGACCUAUCUCCAAAUAGUAACUUGAUUAGGCUAUAUACCAUCAUAUAGACUCAAUUAGAAUUAGAAUUAAAAGACAGCAGUAGACAGUAGAGAAUUCUGACCAUACAACAGGCUAAACUAUAAAUUACUAACUCUGUCAUCUGGUGCAUAUUCAUCUUUACAGUAAUCAAACCCAAGCAGGCAAGCAACUGUAUAGACAAGGUUGAAAAAUGGAGAAGGUGGCCUACUUGGAUAGGACCUGGUUAGGGAGCUAUACACUCCCGAAGUGGAUGCUCAAAUUUAGCUUGCUGUAUCUGAAGGUGAGGAGUUUCUGAUACACUGAUAUGGCCUCAUGUAACACAUGGUCAAUGUGCAGUCAAAAUAGGCUACCAAUUGAUGCAUGCAUUGGAAAUAAGGGAAACUCAGAUAAUGGAUUCUCAUCGUAGGGUUAUAGCCCUUCUUUGAAGAAAUCUGUGGAGCUUGAAGCUUCCUUUGAAGUUAAGAGUUUUUGUUUGGAAGUUUUGGGAAGAGUACUUAGCCAUAGAAACAGAAUAGUGGAAAUGAAACAUAGUGAUUGAUACUGUGUCUUAUGCAAUGAAGAAGAGGAAAACUUUGAUAAUUUAUUCCUGAAGUGCAGUCUUGCUUGGUCUGUAUGGUUUGUGUCAGAUUUGACCCUCAGGACUGAGUUCAUUUGUCCUUCCUCUUUGAAGCAAUGGUUGGCUCAGUAAACAAAGGAUCCAAAUUUUCAUUAACAAAAAUCUGUUAUGAUCCCCAGAUUGUUUAUCAUAACUCUGCAGGCCUUGGGUAUCACUGCAAUAAAGUGAUGUUUGAGGGUGCAGAAUAGUCUGAUUAUGAAGUGAUAAUUCUCAGUAAAGCUUUUGUUUUGCUGGUAUGCACAAGCCUAUGAUGUACAAGUGGUGGGUCAGAUUAAUUGUAGGAGUGUAUCAGCAAGAGUGUAUCUAGUUGUGGAGGGAUAGCAGGUGUUGCUGACAGUUAAGGGGCACUGGCAGAGAGAGUGCAAAUGGGUUGGUUUUGUGCCUAUGCAGCAAAAUCAUGUUUUAGCAGGAAAACCUUUCUGCCACUUGCAACUGAAUGGAAGCUUGACGCCCAGCUGUUCGAAAAGCAUUAACUAAGUCCAUACAGCUUGGUUUUUGCAGACUUGUUUCAAUAAGUACUGAAGGAGUGGAGGACCUCAGUUUGGGAAAGAAGGUUCCUUGGCAACUUCAUGCGAUGAUUGAAGACCACAAGUGCAUAGAAGAUGGAAAAUGAAGAACACUAGUAGUGUAUAUAUGCUGUGCAUAGGAGAGUCACUGCGACAAGGGCCUGGCUACUCUUGCUUCAAAGGAGCUUCUUUUGGAGCUUGCAACUUUAUUACUAGGCAACUCUUCUGGCAUUACUGUAUCAGAAAACCAAAAAAGUUGUCACUACAGAUUUUUUAGACUAAUUUAUGGCUUUGUAGUGUCUGCAUUUUAAGACAUUAUAGAAGAUAUUCGUUUCUCUCUGAGAAAAUCUAUGUAAAAUUCUCCUGUUAAUUUAAAUAAGGGCAUUUCAAUAAA